GCCGCUUAUCGAUGUUUCGCAGCCGAAACGUAUGUCAUCAAUUUCAGCUGAAAUCUCAACAAGUGCAAGUCUCAGUUUCUAUUUUAAUUAAAAGCGCCCGCGUCGCUGGUUAAAUCGGCAUUGUUUGUAUCGGUAUUCAAGUUGCAACACCCACCCAAAUUCGCGGCUGACAGUCUCGCAUGCGUUUUUAACUUGAAAAUCAUUGGCAGAGCAGAACAAAAAAUCAAACGCCAACAGAGAAUAACGAAACGCCGGCAUUUCCCAUGGACGACGAACUGGAAGAUAAGGUGUUCUAUCAGACAUACGUAUCGCACAUGAAAAUCCUGUCCAAAUUUGCGGUGGGCUUCUCGUCCAUCAACUCGCCGUUGGCCUACAUAUGGAAACUGUGCCGACUGUAUGUCCUGCGCCCGGAAGUCAUCUUCUGCGGCUUGAUCCUCUUCGUCCUUUUGCUUUACUUGCAAGCGGUAGAUGUGUGGAGUCGCAGCAUCCUGGGACGUAUCCAGGCCACCCUGGGUCGCCAGAAGGCCGUCAAGAUGAUGGAGAUGUCGGCCAGUGCUGGGGAUCACCAGAGCUGGGAGGAGAUGAAGCAGCAGAGCUCCGCUUUUGCUGUCCUCGGACGCAGACCCCGGAUGGAGGAUAGAUUCAUCAUCGAGGAGAACAUCAACAACAACACUGGCAUCUCCUUCUUUGCUGUCUUCGAUGGCCAUGGCGGUGAGUUUGCCGCGGAUUUUGCCAAGGAUGUGCUUGUGAAGAAUAUCUACAACAAGAUCAUCGAAAUGUCCAAGCUGCUGAAAACAGAGGGAGUGUCCGGUGAUUACGAUAAGAGUCCUUAUUUGGCUCGGAAGCAGAGUCGCAAGGACUCGAACAAGGAGAACACGGAACCCACAGCAGCGGUGACACGAAAGGAUAGUUUAAGAAAGGCCCACAGCACCACGGCUGACUGCAGCGCCAUUAAACAAAAGACGACGGAGGCCUCAAUUGCCGAUAUUUACACAGCGCAAUUGAAUUCGGCGAUGAGAGCCAGUGGAAAUGUGGGAGCCGCCAAGGAUUCGUUCCUUAACAACAAUAACAAUGCUCACAAUGGUGGAGCAGGCAGUGCGCCACCUCCAAAUUACGAAGCCAAGUGCUACAUCGAAAAUGGACGUAUUAACUUUGGAAAACUGAUCACGGACGAGAUCAUGUCGGCCGACUACAAACUUGUGGAACAGGCCAAAAGAGCGACAAACAUUGCGGGCACCACCGCCCUAAUAGCCAUUGUCCAUGGGUCCAAGCUGAUUGUGGCCAAUGUGGGUGAUUCCCGCGGCGUCAUGUAUGAUUCCCGUGGAAUUGCCAUCCCCCUUUCCUUCGAUCACAAGCCGCAACAGGUGCGGGAGCGAAAGAGGAUCCACGAUGCAGGCGGUUUCAUAGCCUUUCGGGGCGUUUGGCGCGUGGCUGGCGUAUUGGCCACGUCACGUGCCCUGGGCGACUAUCCCCUGAAAGAUAAGAAUCUGGUGAUUGCUACGCCGGACAUUUUGACCUUCGAACUGAAUGAUCACAAGCCACACUUUCUGAUACUGGCCUCCGAUGGACUCUGGGACACCUUCAACAACGAGGAGUCCUGCACUUUUGUUCAGGAGCAUCUAAAAGAAUCGGACUUCGGAGCCAAAUCGCUGGCCAUGGAGUCCUACAAACGUGGCUCGGUGGACAACAUCACCGUUUUGGUGAUCGUCUUUAAAAACAAUGUCUACAAGAUUGGAAGCUCAGCGGGCAAAGUGGGAGAUGAGUCGCUAAAAGUGCCAGCUAAAUCUCAACCAGUUGCGCCUGCAGUUGUGCAACGCUCGAAUUCAAUCAAAACCAAAUGAUAUACGAAACACUAGAGUGCCUGCUAAGAAAUGCUUUUUAGCUUUCCCCCAAAUUUUCCUCCUUCCCAAAGAAAAAACAAACAAAAGUGCCCAAAAUUUCUAGUUAGGCGUUUUGCUAAAUACUUUUGUCUUUUUGUUACUUAUCCCAAAGGCAUCGCAUUGUUCAUACAUCACUCAGAAUCCCCAUACUUAAUCUACUUGGAAUUGCGAUUCCCAUUUGUCUUGAUUUCGAUUAAGGUUGUUUGUUAGCUCAUGUUGUUUUGUACGAAACAUAUUUUGCAUCCGCCGCCACAUUGCCGCGCAUUUUGUUUUUCCAUCUCUCACACGAAAAUCAUCACAGUCUCAUAGACAAAAAAAAAAGCUCAUCAAACGUCACUAUUUAUUUAAUUUAUUUGUUAUACUUGUAAAAUAAAAACAUUUUCUAACUUAUCGAAAUGUUUUUACAAAUAAAACAAGGCAUUCGAAAUGCGACAAUUUCGUUUUGCUACUUAAAUCCUUUAAA